AUGCUUAAACCCCAUGUGCCACUGUUUUGUUUUCUUUUGAGAACGAACCAACUGCUUCAGUUGAGAGUAAUAAGGAAGGAAGAAGAGUAGCUACGGCUAUUAGUAUUAGCUACUACUGAGUACUACAGAGAGAGAAAGUAGAAUACUAGUACUAGAUUCUAUAAGUUAUAGAAACUCACAAGCUAAUGCCAUUGCUAUUGCAACCCCUUUUGGUUUUACCACUUGCUGCUUAAGCUUAUUUUUUCAAAGGGAGAGAGAAAAGAGGUAGUAGCUUGUUUCAUCUCAAACAGCACAGCACUGAAGAAAUGACUAAAGAAGAAGACUUUAAGCUCCUUAAAAUCCAGACUUGUGUUCUCAAAGUGAACAUUCACUGUGAUGGUUGUAAGCAGAAAGUGAAGAAACUCCUUCAGAGAAUUGAAGGUGUUUACCAAGUUCAAAUAGAUGCAGAACAGCAGAAAGUAACAGUUUCAGGUAGUGUGGACUCUGCAACUUUGAUCAAGAAAUUGAACAGAUCUGGUAAACAUGCUGAGCUCUGGUCUCAGAAGGCUAAUCAGAACCAAAAGCAGAAGAACAACAACAAUAUCAACAAUGUGAAAGAUGACAAGAACAAUAAAGGGCAAAAACAAGGACUAGUGAAGGGUCUUGAGGCAGCAUUCAAAAACCACCAGCAGCAGCAGCAGAAGUUUCCUGCUUUCAGUUCUGAAGAGGAUGAUGAAUACUAUGACUAUGAUGAUGAGGAUGAUGAUGAUGAAGAGUUGAGGUUCAUCAGGGAGAAAGCAAAUCAGCUUCAAUUGCUGAGGCAGCAGCAGCAAGCAGUUGUUGAUGCUAACAACAAUGUGAAGAAGGCAAUUUCUGCAGCUUCCAACAAUGGUCAUAAUAAGAUGAACAAUGCUGCUGGCAAGAAAGGAGGCCAAAAUCAGAACAUGGGAGGAAUGAAGGAGAGCAAUGUGGGGUUUGAUCAGAAAACCAUGGCAGCUCUGAAACUGAACAAUGCUCAUCUGGGUGGUGGUGAAAGCCUCAAUCUUGGAGAAGCUAAAAGGGCCAAUGACAUUGGUGCUAUGAUGAAUUUAGCUGGGUUUAAUGGUGGUAAUGCUGGCAAUGCAACUGUUCUUGGGGGAAAUUCCAAUGGAAUGGGAGGGUUUCCUGUUCAGUCCAACAACAUGUUUCAGGGAAAUUCCCCUGCUGCUGUUCCAAAUGGUGGUUAUGCACCAUCUAUGCUAAUGAACAUGAAUGGGUUCAAUAAUCAUCAAUCACCAAUGAUGAACAUGAACAUGAUGCAGACUAGGCAUGCUAUGCAGCAACAACCUCAGAUGAUGUUUCACAGGUCCCCUGUCAUUCCUCCUAACACUGGCUAUUACUUCAAUCACAAUAACUAUAACCCUGCUGCAAAUUACUCGUAUUAUGCCUCCUUGCCUAGUUACCCUGGAGGAGAUUAUGAUCAUGAUCAUCACUCGGCAGCUCACAUGUUCAGUGAUGACAACACUACCAGCAGCUGUUCAGUGAUGUAAUGAUAGAGAUUGUAGAGCUAAAAGGUGUGAAGGAGGGAAAAAAAGCAAAAAGGCAUGGUGAUUGUGUUUGACCUUAAAGUAGUCCCAUUUACCAAGCUAGUAUAGUGCUUGACUGUGAUUUGGUGAAUGUUUUAGAGAUGUGAAUGUAUUGUUAGUGAAUCAUAUCAGUGUACUGUGUAGUGGUUGAGAUGAUGUUGGCUUUUAUUUUAAAAAAAUGUCUUUGAUUGUGUGUCUCAUAACUGUCUUGGUGUGCUAUAUGAAUGUGUUAACUGUUAUCCCCAAUUCAAAAAUCACA